CAUGGUCCAGUCGGAAGCCCAGGUGCCAAAGGUUAUCCUGGCAGGCAGGGUUUACCAGGGCCUAUAGGACCAAUGGGGCCUAAAGGCGUCCGGGGUUUCAUUGGAAUCCCGGGGCUUUUUGGCCUGCCUGGGGCCGAUGGCGAAAGAGUGACCCCCGGUCCAAGCGGAGUUCUCGGACUUAUUGGUGAUAUGGGACCUUUGGGAGAGAUAGGUCUUCCAGGACCUAAUGGACUGAAGGGGGUGCCGGGAAAUCCUGGAGAACCAGGACUGAAAGGUGAUAAGGGUGAAGUUGGGAUUCCUGGACAGCAAGGGGAGAUCGGGUACAGAGGAGACAAGGGCAUCCAGGGGGGUCCGGGGUUACCAGGGGUGCAAGGAAAACCAGGACCACAGGGAAAGCUGGGAGAGAGAGGCCCUGCUGGAGCAUCUGGACCUCCAGGUCCCGAGGGUUUUCCUGGUGACAUGGGACCACCGGGAGAGAACGGCCUUGAAGGACCAAAGGGAAAGCUGGGGCUCCGAGGUUUACCGGGGCCACGAGGAGUGCCUGGCUCGGAGGGAGACGAGGGCCCGAUCGGACCACCGGGCCCAACAGGACUGGAGGGUAGAAUGGGCAGAAAAGGAUUUCCUGGGAAGGUUGGGCCAGAGGGAGUCAAGGGUGAAACCGGUAUUACAGGGCUAGUCGGAGCCAUGGGAGAACGAGGUUUGGUGGGUUUCAUCGGACCUGUGGGAGAGGCAGGACUGGCAGGAGAGAAGGGUGAUCGAGGAGAGAUGGGCCAUCCUGGACCUGCUGGAGAAAAAGGAUCACUGGGUCACCCAGGGACACCAGGGGGGAGCGGGCCAACCGGACCACCAGGAAGACCAGGCUCUGCUGGAUCAGGGGGGCCGGCCGGUACCAGAGGACCCAAAGGCUUACGGGGAGCGAUAGGGCCCGACGGUCCAACAGGAGAGAUGGGGUUAGAGGGCAAGGCGGGCUCUGAGGGUCCUCCAGGAAAAAUAGGUUUCCCUGGACCACAGGGGAAGAUCGGAGAGCCGGGGGAAUCCGGGUUUAAAGGUUUUCCUGGUAUCCAGGGACCCUCAGGACCUCCAGGGGACAAAGGAAUAUCAGGCGAGCCGGGACCAGCAGGGCCACCAGGGACUGUUGGACUCUUGGGAGAAAUGGGUCAUAAGGGUCCUCCAGGCAAGGUGGGGGAACCAGGACUGCCAGGAGAAUCAGGCGAGAAGGGGCCUCUUGGACUUGCUGGGAACAUCGGAGAGCAGGGACUGAUCGGACCAAGGGGGGAGCCAGGCUUGGAGGGAGAAGCUGGUCAAGCCGGCCCCGAUGGAACCAAGGGUGAAAAGGGCGACAUGGGUCAGGAGGGCGACAAUGGAGAAAAAGGAGAAAUUGGGCUAAAAGGAAAAGAGGGCCCGUCUGGAAAUCCUGGACUCAACGGCGUCCGAGGUCCAGAAGGGAAGUCUGGCAAAUUUGGGGAAAAAGGCAAACAAGGGUCCAAGGGUGCCAAAGGUCAUCAAGGUCACCUCGGGGAGACGGGCACGGUGGGGAAAACCGGACCUCCAGGUUUUGUCGGGCAGAAGGGGUCCAGAGGAACCAUCGGACACGUGGGAGCCCCUGGUCGAAUGGGUAUCCAGGGGGAACCUGGGCUCGCAGGGUAUGAGGGUCAUCAGGGAAAACAGGGCCCCAUAGGGCCUCCAGGACCAAAAGGUGAAAAGGGCGAGCAGGGGGACGAUGGGAAGGUGGAGGGUCCUCAGGGUCCUCAAGGUGACAUAGGUCCUCCAGGUGACAGAGGAGAGAGAGGGGAAUCAGGAGACCCCGGAUACAAAGGUCUGGUUGGUGUGGACGGGGGAAGAGGCCGGCCUGGAGCUCCUGGACUACCUGGGCAUCCUGGACCUCGAGGGCAACAAGGACCCAAAGGGACCAAAGGAGAUCAAGGUCAAAAAGGCAAAAAGGGUAAUUCAGGACAAAAAGGAACCAAAGGCCCCGAGGGUUUGGGGGGUCCGUCUGGUCCCAGAGGAGUGGUGGGCCGAGAGGGCCUGGAGGGAGCGCCCGGGAUGGACGGGGUCCCAGGGAAGGACGGCAGUAAAGGCAUGCCGGGAGAGCAAGGUGAUGAUGGGGAGGAAGGUGUUACUGGCAAAUCUGGCUCUCGUGGUAAAACUGGUGUCCAGGGACUCCCAGGAGAUCAGGGGACCUUCGGACCAAAGGGUGAGCGGGGUCUUCGUGGACAGAGCGGCCCUCUGGGGAAAAGAGGUUUCAGAGGAGGGAUGGGACUGCCGGGGCUUCAGGGAGACCAGGGGCCAAAAGGACAACCUGGUGAUAUAGGAGACUCCGGUUUUCCAGGAAUCCUGGGAGUUUUUGGACCAAGGGGGCCUCCAGGGGACUUUGGACCAAAGGGCACUCGGGGACCAAAGGGGCCACAGGGCUCAAUAGGCAGAUCAGGAGUCCUUGGCCCCAUGGGAAUCAUUGGCCCUAAUGGAAGCGCAGGUCCUAGAGGAGAGAAGGGCAAUCGUGGGGAGACUGGAUUCCAAGGCCCCAGGGGGUCUCCUGGACCUCGUGGACUCGCUGGACUUCCAGGUCGUCCGGGUAUUCCUCAAUCAUUUAAGGAUGACGGUGUUUUGGUCAUGGAUUCACACGCCCCUCUCAGGACCGAGAAUAAGCUGGCGAUGGACCUGCCAAUGCUGGACCAGGGCACAGAGAUCUUUAAGACCCUCCACUACCUCAGUAACCUGAUCCAGAGCCUGAAGAACCCCCUGGGCACCCGGGACAACCCUGCACGCAUCUGCAGGGACCUGCACAGCUGUGAACACAAGUUAAACGAUGGCACUUACUGGAUGGACCCCAACCUGGGCUGCUCGUCAGACACAAUAGAAGUCUCCUGCAACUUUACUGGAGGUGGACAGACCUGCCUAAAACCAAUCACAGUUUCCAAGCCGGCCAUAAGCGUGUGUCGUGUCCAGAUGAACUUCCUCCACCUGCUGAGCUCCGAGGCAGAGCAGCACAUCAUCGUGCACUGCCUCAACUUCUCCGUCUGGAGAGCAGCGGAGGAUCAGCCGGCCCCCCAGGGCUCCGUCAGGUUCAAGGCCUGGACCGGGGAGGUGUUCGAGGCGGGGGGAGAGCUGGAGCCUGAAGUCUUAGAAGACUCCUGCUGGAUAAAAGAUGGCCGCUGGCACCAAACCCAUUUUGUGUUCCACUCCCUGGACCCCUCCCUGCUCCCUGUGGUGGACAUCUACAACCUCCCCAAGACUACACCUGGCUCACAUUACCACCUGGAAGUCAGUCCUGUUUGCUUCCUGUGAGGGCGGCCAUGUUUGUCCUCUGAUCAUGGAGGGGGACGGAUCAUCCCCCCCCCGAGGUGACACUCUCAUGCGGGCGGGGAGAUUGAGUAGUCUCCUCCAACCCAUGGCAAAUCAACCCAAGCGAGUACAAGCCUCCCCUCCAAUCAGAUCGUGCUUCACUCUUCCAAACUCCCGUUGGACUGCAGACACAGAGGGAGGAAGCCGGGGGGAGACAGAAGAGAUGGGGAGGACAGGGGAGUUCUUGCACUAAAAGCACCUAAAAGCUUCUCCGUUUGGCAAAAGCUUCUUCAAGCUCUUCAGGAAGGAUCUCCGUAUGUCCGCCCGCGUGGAGAAAUAAAAACUCCACGCCUCAUCUCUCGAGAACAUUGCUAAGUGAAGGGAGACCAAGGCCAAGUUCAUCUGCGGACAUUAUAAUAACUUAUUUUUGUAACUGUAUGCAUUUUUUUUGGAAAUACCAGGAAUUCUAUUCAAUUAAGAGAGAAUAAUUAAAGUAAUUGGGAUUAGUUUAAUGUACAUAUAUAUAAGAAUGCUUAUUAUUAACUUGUAUACAUGUAUAUCUUAUGUAAAGAAAUAAUCUUCAAGUGCAAUAGAAAAUGAGAAGAUGAUUUGAUAUUUUAAACUUAUAUGGAAGGAUUUUUUCAGGGGUGCCAUUUUUGUUUUACUUGCCUUAGGUGCUCAUCAUGAUCUUGCCCACGUGAAUCAAUCCAGAGGCAUGAGCAUGGAAUCACAUCUGUAUUUACUGGUGCUCCAAAAUGGGACACCAUGGCUUUUAUUGACAUCCUUAAUGUGGGAAAAAUAAGUUUCAGCUCUCAGUAACAUCGUCUGAUGAUACGCUAAUGCACACAAACAUGGAAAGUGAGUGCAAGUAAUACUUAUUUCUAUCUUUCUCAGUCAUACAUUAUUGAACCGGAUGCCACUGAUGAUUAGGGAGAAUUGUGGAGAUAAUAAAAAAACAAUUAAAGAGCUCUAGUUCUAAAUAGUGUUUUAUUAAUUUCUCUACAACCGUAGAGUAUCCGUUCCUGACUUGCAAUAGGAAUUAUAAUAUACUCUACGCCAUAUGGGACCAGGAGUCUCUUUUUCUCCCAUACUUAAAAUAAACAGACUUAAAGUGUUGAGUUUGAGCCACAGGAGAGAGGACAGAGGGUCAGUUAAUCCAAAUAGAAACCCUGUCUUCUAUCUAAUCCUCUCUCUAAUGCAUGGUGCUAAGUAAAUGAUCUAAGGUGCUAACCAUAGUGCUGUAAUAACACCACUUUGCUGAAAUAUUCUGAUGUUCAUAGUGCAUGCUUGCUUAGAUCAAAUAAACAAAAUACAUAUAAUAUAUUGUGAUAGUUGCCAUAAUGCACUAUAAUGCUAAUAUCCCAGCCCAAACAAAGUAGUUCCCUGAUGUUGUUCAAUGCUGCAGAUACAAACAUGCUUUUUCUGCUUGAACUUAUUCUAGAAAUAACUAUACAAAAUAAAAGAUUACUCCUUUUGUAUCCAGUAUAUAAAUCACAGGGUUUGAAUGAUUGUUUGUAGGCAUAACAUUUUACUCUGUACAAAGCCCCCCCUCAGCUGUAUGUAAUAUUUUUUAGAAACUCAACUAGCGGAAAUAGUCUUAAUUAAAUAAAAGUUCCUUUGUUGUAGCUGGACACAAGUGUGUAUAAUUGUUCAAAGCGUGCUGUAUACAGUGGACCCCCUCUUGCUAAUUUAAUGUUAUUUAAUGUGGUUAACGUUCUGUUGGUUAAAGCAAUACUACUCUUUCUGACAACUUUAUAUAUCAGUUUGCCCAACUGGUCUUGGAGUUUAUAGAUUUUUUAUGUGUAAAUUUGGGGCUCCAGAGAACAAAUUUAUUUCAAUGUUAAUUAUCUUUUAUUUUUUUAUUUUUUUGUUAUUUCCUUUAUGUUGUUUUUCCCUCUAUGAUAAUCAACCAUGUACUGUAUCAGGACUCUGUUAUAAUAUAACUUGUGUUUGAAGAAUUGUGCAAAUAUGUGAAAAGUGUUUCUUCUUUUUGUAAAUCUGUUGUAGACAUUAAAACGAGCUAAGAAUACCUCACAUGUUUACAUAAAGAUUUUCUGUCAUUUAAUGCCUGUUUGGGAAUAUCUACCAAAAACAGUUAGUCAUCAAAACUCUGAACAUUUCUGUUGCCAUCAUCUUUUAUCUGUCUACUGUUUAUUCAUUGUCC